UGCUAGACGAGUACAGUGAAAGCCUCUUCCAGCAACUGGCAGGAGGCAGCACUUACCACAGCUGCCGCUGCAGCACCACGCAAAGCAGAGUGGGGCAGCUAAAGCUACAAGGACUGCAACUUCGACUCAUCAGGAGCAGCAAAAUCAGCAGGAAAAAAAUCCCUGAAGUGGGUGCAUCGGGUCCAUCUGCAAGAAGCAGCCAGCUCCUACAAAUCUGAAGAGGCGAAGCUGCAUAAAUACCAGUGCGGGUGCUAAUAACUUCCAGCUGUUCGGGAGGAGAUACUGUUCAAAAAUGUUAAGAAAACUUUGCCUAAGUUUUCUCCUGUCUUAUUGUGCAUUAUUCAUGGUAGAUUUGGUAGGAUCCCAAAACCUGAAACCGUCUGGUCCAAAGUUACUGAUUGGUGAUCGGGAGCGGGACCCUCAGUGCAAUGUCCACUGCACCAGAACACAAUUGAAGCCAGUCUGUGCAUCUGAUGGCAGGACUUAUGAAUCAAAUUGUGAUUACCAGAGAGCCAAAUGCCGGGACUCUUCACUGAGCAUUAUACACCGAGGACGAUGCAAAGAUGCCAGCCAAACAAAAUGUCGAAUGGAAAGGGCCUUAGCACUAGAACAGGCAAAGAGACCACAGGAAGCCAUCUUUAUUCCAGACUGCAAUGAGGAUGGAUCAUUUGCUCAGGUUCAAUGCCACACGUAUACUGGAUACUGCUGGUGUGUCACCUCCGAUGGAAAACCUAUCAGUGGGUCUUCUGUGCAAAACAAAACUCCAGUUUGUUCAGGUUCUGUAACAGAUAAGCCAACAGGCCAGGGAAAUUCUGGAAGGAAAGUCUCUUUUCGGUUGUUUUUAACUCUCAACUCAGAUGAUGGAGUGAAGCCAACGCCAACGGUAGAGGCGCAGCCCUAUUUUGAUGGAGAUGGUACCAUUGAAAUCCUUCAGCUUCUUGAAAGAGGUAAUGACUGGGACCAGUACAAGGACAAAAAGGAUCCAAAGCAGCUGGCACAAGAGAUCACAGCACCAACUCUUUGGAUUAAGCAGUUAGUCAUCAAAGACUCCAAAAUGAACAGCUCCAGCCUCAAACCACAAGAAAAAGGGUACACUUGUGACCAAGAAAGACAGAGUGCUCUGGAAGAAGUUCGACAGUAUCCAAGAGAGGGGAUCUUCAUUCCAGAAUGUGCUCCCAAUGGACUUUACAAGCCAGUACAAUGUCAUCAGUCAACUGGGUACUGUUGGUGUGUUUUGGUGGAUACAGGUCGUCCGCUUCCUGGGACUUCUACACGCUAUGAAACUCCAAGCUGUGAAAGUGAUGCCAAGUCAAGAUUCCCAGAGACUGAUGACCCCUUCAGGGACCGGGAAAUUCAAGGUUGUCCAGAAGUGAGGAAAGCAGAAUUCAUCACCAGCUUGCUGGAUGCUCUUACUACAGAUAUGGUGCAAGCCAUUAACUCAGCAACACCAACUGGAGGUGGGAGGAUUCCUGAACCAGAUCCAAGCCACACGUUAGAAGAACGGGUAGUGCACUGGUACUUCAACCAGCUAGACCACAAUGGCAGUGGUGACAUCAGUAAGAAGGAGAUGAAGCCCUUUAAACGUUAUGUGAAGAAGAAAGCAAAGCCAAAGAAAUGUGCCCGUAAAUUUAGCGAUUACUGUGAUGUUAACAAAGACAAGGCCAUCUCUCUGUCAGAACUGAAAGGAUGCCUAGGAGUGAACAAGGAAGGAGGAAGCAAUAUUGGUAACCUCUCUCAAGGAAGACGACAAGGCACAAACCCUUUCCUGGGACGUCUAGUCUGAAGAAAGUGAAGAAGGACACGCUGUCAGACUGAUUAACUGUUGCCGUGCUUCUAUAAUCAAGCACUCACCAUGGCAACACUUACCGUAGAUGAAGAGGCAUUGAAACCUUUGCACUUUUUGGGGAGGGGGUUACAAAUACCCCAUCUCUUCCACAAAUUCCAUUUAUUUUUUCCAAGUUACUCAAAGAUGGGAAUCCAGAUUUCAAAUAGCUACUGAUCCAGAGUGAACAGCUGAAGUAGUCUGCUUUUCAAGCAAGAUGUGAGGACUGGUAUAAAAUUUGAAAAGUAAAAUGUAUUGUUCUUAUGUAAAUACUUUAACCUUGUGGCUUACAAUGACAUUAGGUUGCCUUUUGUGUUUCACUAUAAUCACAUACAAUGUAUGUGUUAUUGUCUUUUUUAUUAUUUUUUUGUAUGAGGAAUUGUGUUAGAUGACUGAGAAAGAAUCAUUUGGCAAAGACAAGAAUGUUGGUUAGGAAAAAUAAAAUAGUCUGUAUAUACUAAA